AUGAAAUUGUCUGACUUUCUGCUUCAGUUAUCUCCCUUUGUCACAAUUAAUCUUUCCGGUAUGUGUGCUCUUCCCGCUGCCCCUCCGGGGAAGAGAAAGGAAAUCUAUAAAUAUGAAGCACCAUGGACCGUGUAUGGAAUGAACUGGAGCAUCCGGCCAGACAAACGUUUUCGAUUGGCUCUUGGCAGUUUUAUGGAAGAAUACAACAAUAAAGUGCAGAUUGUAUCAUUGGAUGAAGAAACGUCCGAGUUCACUUCCAGAAGCACCUUUGAUCAUCCGUACCCAACCACAAAAAUCAUGUGGAUUCCAGAUGCUAAAGGUGUAUUUCCUGACUUGUUAGCCACCAGUGGAGACUAUUUGAGAGUUUGGCGUGUUGGAGAAAAUGACACCAGAUUGGAAUGCCUUUUAAACAAUAAUAAAAACUCUGACUUUUGUGCGCCUCUCACAUCAUUUGAUUGGAAUGAGAUUGAUCCAAAUCUGUUAGGAACGUCAAGUAUUGACACCACGUGUACAAUAUGGGGACUUGAGACGGGUCAGUUAUUAUGUCGUGUCAAUUUAGUUUCUGGUCAUGUAAAGACACAACUAAUUGCUCAUGACAAAGAAGUCUAUGACAUUGCUUUCAGUCGAGCUGGGGGCGGAAGAGACAUGUUUGCCAGUGUUGGUGAGUUCCUCUGCUUUCUUAUAUUUCUUUGCUGA